CCCAUACAUACUCUUCAACAACUUCUCCCUUGUGUGCAAUUCCUUUGUGACAACAUGGCAGUGAGUAACAACAUAAUAGCUACCGUAAAUUUCAUAGCACUCAUAUGUUCAAUCCCGAUCAUAUUCACGGGCAUUUGGCUCGCUUCAAAGCCCGAUAACCACUGCAUCCGCUCGCUCCCAUGGCCCAUUGUUUUCAUCGGCGUUCUCUUCCUCCUCCUCGCCCUCACGGGCUUCAUAGGCGCGUAUUGGAACAAACAAGGCCUGUUGGCCUUGUACUUGUUUUGCAACGCGGCCUUGAUUGUCACGGGAAUUAUUCUUCUCAUACUUGCAUAUAUUGUCACACACCCGUCCGGUGCAUACUCUGUACCGGGCAGGGUGUAUGAUGAGUACCGUUACAUGGGGUACUCUGAAUGGCUUCGGGAUCAUAUUACUGAUCCCGAAAACUGGGGGAGUAUAAAGGCGUGUUUGGCUGCUUCUUCGGUUUGUAAGAAAAUGGUUUGGGAUUCAUACACUGCACCUCAGUUCUUUGCUUCCCGUAUCUCCUCUCUGCAGUCGGGAUGUUGCAAGCCUCCAACAGUGUGUGGAUAUCAAUACGUGAACCCAAUAACAUGGAUCAACCCAACAAACCCGAUGGGGGACGUAGACUGCAUAUUAUGGAACAACGACCCUAAUCAAUUAUGCUACAACUGUGACUCGUGUAAAGCGGGUGUGUUGGGGAACCUAAGGAGAGAAUGGAAGGAAGCAAACAUUAUAUUGAUUAUCGCUGUGAUCGCGCUCAUUUGCCUUUAUCUAAUAGCGUUUAGCGCUUACAAAAACACUCAAAAAACCGAAUCCAAAAAGUAAAUUUUCUAGGUCCAAUAGUUUGCCUGCCUACAUUCAUGUUUGAUGCUUUAUGUUUUUGCUUUUAGGUGACACUUUUGACCCCAUGCUCUGAGUGUAUGUCAUGCAUUAAUAGUUAUACAUAGGAAAAAUGUGGUUUCUUGCAGCUAGUGGAGUGCAUAUAUUCUUCUUUUGCUUC